UUCCUCCUUCUGUCGCCUUUGUUGCACUGGCCUCUCCUGUGCUUUUGUUGCUGCUGCUGUGCUGCUGCUGCUGCUGCUGCUGCUGCUGCUGCAGAGACACCUCCAAAUAGACAAAGGUGCUGCGCAGCGAACUGCUGAGGAGGCGCAGGCCCUUGCAGCAGAGGCAACAACAAAGCUGCAAGAGAUAGAAUCAUCACAUGUAGAUAUAGAUGAAGAAAUAAAUCGUCUAAGAGGGAAUGAGCGUUUUUAUGAGGAAGAAAUAAGAAGAAUAAAAAGGAGACAAAAGGAGACAGAGGAGACACUAGCAGCAGCAGAGACAGAAAGAAGGAGACAGGCACAAUAUAUUAUUAAAAUAGAUGUAGAGACAGAGAGACUGCAGCAGCAGCUAGCUGAUACAGCUAGCCAGCUAGCUAUAACAGAGGGGCAGCUAGCUGCAGCGCAGCGUAAGGAGGAGGAAGCAAAAAGGGAGGCAGCAUUAGCAAAAGAUGCUGCUGCUGCUGCUGCUGCAGCAGCAGAAAAGAGACACCAGCAACUUUGUUCAGGACUGCAGCAGAAGGUUGCACUGCUGCAGCAGGAAGCAGCAGCAGCAGCAGCAGCAAAAAUAAAGACAGAGCAGCAAAUAGAUAGUUUGCUGCUGCAGGUAAGCGAGCUACAAGGAGAGGUGCAGCAGCAAACAGCACAGAAGGAGGCAUUAGAGGAGACACUUGCUGCAGAGAAGGAGAGACAGCAGCAACAGCAGCAGCAGCAGCAGCAGCUACGACGUAAUGAGGAAGCACUACGUGCAGCAAAAGCAGCAGCAGAAGCACAACUAGCAGCAGAAAGAGCAGCAAGAAAAAGAGACAAUGAAUACCUAAAGGAGACACUAGAUAAUAAGAGGGAGGUGCAGCAGCAGCGUGAUUUGCUGCAGCAGGAAGCAGCAGCAGCACAAGCCCAACUGCAGCAACUGCAGCAAGAAGCACAGCUGCUGCAGCAACGUAUAACAGACACAGAAGCAAGAGAGCAGCAGCUAAGGGAGGAAGCAAGACAGCAGCAGCAGCAGCAGCUAGAAAAGGAGACAAUAGAUCUAAGGAGACACUUACUAGAUAGGAGCAAGAUAGAGGAGACACUAAGAGAGACACAGGAGAGACUAAAGGAGACAACACAUAAGUUGCUGCAGCAGCAGCAGCAAGUGCAGCAGCUGCAGCACAGAUUAGAGGAGGUGCAGCAGCAGCAGCAAGAAGCACAGAAAAAAGCAGAUAAUUUGCAGCAAAAAUUGCAGCAAAAUGAGCUGCAGCAGCAAAAAGAGCUGCAGCAGCAGCAGCAGCAAGCGCAGCAGCAAAGAGACCAACUGCAGCAGCAACUGCAUCAGCAGCAGAUGCAGCUGCAGCAGAAGUACGGAGACAUGCAGCAGCAGCUACUAACAGAGCAGCAAAAGAGUAAGGAAGCAGCAGCAGCAUUAGAGGUACUGCAGCAGGAGAGGAAGGCAGAGAGUACAGCAGCAGCAGCAGCAGCACAAGAACAGCAGAAAUUGCUGCAGCAGCAGCAGCAGCAAGCAGCAGCAGCAGCAAAAGAAAAAGAGAAUCAGGUGCAGCAGCUAAAGGGGACAAUUGCUUCCCUAGAGAGACGCAUUGCUUCCCUACAGGAGGAGAGGGACGCAGCAAAUAAGAAGAUAAAGGAGACAGUGCAGCAGCAGCAGCAACUGCAGCAGCAGCAGCAACAAUUGCAGCAACAAUUACAGCAGCAAACAGCAAAAGCAACAGAAGAAUUAAGGAAAAAACAAGAAGCAGCAAAUAAGGAAAAAGAAGAAAUAGAUAAAGAAAGAAAGGCAUUAAGAGAGCAACUGCAGCAGCAGCAGCAGCAACUGCAGCAGCAGAAGCAGCAACUGCAGCAACAACAACAGCAGCAGCAGCAACAGCAGCAAGAAACAAUAACAAAAGAAAAAGCAGCAAGAGAAAAAUUAGAGCAGCAACUGCAGCAGCAAACAAAGGAGACAGCAGAACUGCAGCAGCAACUAGCAGCAGCAAAAGAGCAAUUAAAACAGCAGCAGCAAACAGCAGCAGCAGCAGCAGCAGCAGCAGCAGCAGCAGGAGCAGGAGCAGGAGCAGGAGCAGCAGGAGCAGCAGGAGGAGGAGGAGAAACAGGAGAAAAAGGAGAAGGAGAAUAUAAAGAAGGAGAAGUAGAUAAUAUAUUAUUAGAUAAUAAAAAAGAAGAAGAAGAGGAAGCAGCAGCAGCAGCAGCAGCAGCAGCAGCAGCAGAUAUACAAGAAUUAAAUAAAAUUAUUAAUAAAAAAACACAAAGAUUUAUAAGAGCAAAAGAAAGACAUAUAGAUCUUAUUAAUAAAUAUAAUAAAUUAGUUAUUAAAUAUAAUACUCUUAUUGAUGAUCUUAAUUCCUUUAUUAAGGAUAAUAAUAAUAGGUCCCCAACAAUAGAUCGUAUAUAUAGAUCUAUACAUAAUAAAAAAACAAAUAAUAAUUGGUCUUCUUCUUCUUUAUUUACUGCAGCAACUUCUUCCUUACCUUGGUCUACUAGUAAGGGGGCCCCACAGGGGGCCCCCAAAGAGGGUACAAACGGGGCCCCCAAAGAGGGUACAAACGGGGCCCCCAAAGAGGGUACAAACGGGGCCCCCAAAGACGGUGAUAAGGGGACACCCACAGAUACCAUCCCAAAGAGUCCAAGGGGGGCCCACGAGGAGACAUGUAAAGGGGGGGCCCCUAAGGAGACAAAUAAGGAGGGGGCCCCUAAGGAGACAAAUAAGGAGGGGGGGGGACCCAAGGGGACAACUAAGGGGGACAAGACCCCUAAGGAGUCAUCUAAGGUAACGGAGGCCCCUAAGGAGACAUCUAAGGGGGAGGGGGCCCCCAAGGGGGCCCCCAAGAGGGGUUUCCGUCGUAGUGGGGCCUCUACGCUAAUAGAUGAGGAUACAGAGAGUACCUCUUCUUCUUCCUCCUCAGAGAGGGCAAAAAAAGCAGCAAAAGAAGCAGCAGCAGCAGCAGCAGCAGCAGCAGAGGCAGAACAACAACAACAGCAACAACAACAACCAGCAGCAGCAGCAGCAGGAGCAGCAGCAGCAGGGCACGAAGAAGAUGAUGAUGUACCCUCUAGUGGGGCCUCUACACCACCAGACGAGAGGACGGGCAUCAGCAGUUGGUUUGGUGGUUGGUUCUAA